AUGAUGGAAAACAACAAUGAUGAUGAAGCAAAGCUGGAAGAAGAAAUAGAAGCUGAAUUGGAUAAAAUCAGCAUUUCUUCAUUGGAAAAAGAUGAUGAUAGUGAUUCAAAAUCAGAAACCCAGAGUGUUGAUAGUGAUACAGAUGUGGAUGAGUUACCUGAGUCAGUUCUUCACUGUAUUGACAUCAUAAAGAAUAAGAGUAAAACUGUUGAAGAGCUCAUUCUUCAGGACUUGGAAGAUACAGAGGUUUUAAACUAUAGUUAUGGAGUGGUUUCUAAUAAUCAUAUGCAUUUAAAGAUAGAAUUAUCAACUGAACAUAAAGAAAAUCCGGAACAAUUAAUAAAGAUGUUAUCUGAAAUAGAAAAAGAAGAAUUUCUGAGGAGUAAAACCCAUUGUAGCAGUCCUGAUUCUAUUCCAGAGCCUGGUCCUCAUGAUUUGCCUGUAGAUGAACAUGUUUUGUCAGCGUUUUAUGCCAGUAAAAUUUUGAUUGUUGACCAUUUCUCUUUUCCUUGUCUUCAAUCGGACCAUGCUGCCUUGAUUCUCUUCUUACGUCAAGAACAGGACAAGAUGAAUGAUGAACUCCAUAAAGAAGAGAAAAUAUGGAAAGAGAAAUUUAAACAGCAUGAGGAGUUUAUUAAAAAGUUGCAUCUACAAAUAGAAGAAGAAAGAACAAGAUUUAAAGAUCUGCAAGAAAAAGAAAAAAUGCGUUUGUUAAAACUGCAUCAUAAUGCAGCUGUAAAAAUUCAAGCUAAAUAUAAAGCAUUUGUGGUCUACCAAAAAUAUGGUCCAAUCAUAAAAGAACAAAUAGAAAGUAAGAAAAGGGAAGCACAAGAGUGGAAAGAAAAAGAAGCAAAAAUACGACAGAUGGAAGAAGAAAAACGAAAGAGAUUGGAGGAAGAACAAAAGAUUGAAGAAGAGAUAAAAAAGCAGAAGCAAGAGGAAAGGGAGAGGAGAGAAAUAGAAUAUGAAGAAAAAAAGAACAUCGUGAGAAGAGAAAAAGAGCAACUAUUAAACAAAGAAAAAUUAAGAUUAAGAGGAGAUGCAAGCAGACAAUUAAUGAUAAGUAGAGCAUUAAAGAAAGGUGAAUAUAAUGCAAAACAUUUAACUGUUGAAGAUACAUCAAAGAAUAAGGAUGAUAUAGCCAAAAAGGUAGGGGAGGAAAAGUCAAAGGAGUGGGAAGAUGUUCCCCUCUGGCUAGUUGAACAAUCAACUAAGAGAAAAAAUCUAGGUAGACAGCUUGUAUUAAAAGAGCCAAUACAAGUGCAAUGGAAAGAUUCUAUACCAAACCAGGUGAUUUUGGCCGAAAUUGAAAUGGAAGUAAAAAAUGAAAACCUAGCAAAACAACAAUAUUCCACAAAAAUCAUCAAGCAAGAAAGAAAAUGUGAAGAUGUAGACAAAAAAACCGAAUUGGAAUACCCAGGUCUGAAAGAAAACGUGAAUGAACAGUUUCAUCUGCAAGAAUUAAAGUCUCAAAUGCAAAAAGGGGAACAUGUGAAACCUGCCAUAAAUGAAAAUGUGAGACAAGACACCCAAACAAUAAUAUUAGGACAUAGUCAAGGAAUUAACAAGGUGAAAAACAAUGAAGCACAGAAAAUAAUCAAAGAUAAUCAACAGAAUAAGGUACAAAAAGUAGAAAAAGAAGAGAUAUCAGAACAGAAUGGACCACUAUAUGAAGAGAAUAAUAUUUUAGUAAUUUCAGUGAAGCAACAACCACUAAAAUUAGAAAAUCCUAAAGAUAUAGGGGAAAAUGUAAUACUACAAGAACAAGAAGUUGAUUUCAUUUCUAAAGAAACUGAGGAGAACCGAGAAGGCAAUACUCUGAAUAGUGAUGUGAUUUUUAACAGCAGUGAUUCCAUGAUAAAUAUAGAAAACAAAAUAAAUGAGCAAGAUUAUACUUUAGGAAGAAAUGCUCUUUGUGAAGAUUUGGGAGGUUUUGAUGCAAAAAAUUCCUUAGUUUUUAAAGAAGUAAACUCUCUUAAGUCUCAAAUUAAAGAAACCGCAGAAGAAUGUCAUAAUAGAGCUGAAUGUGAAAAUAUUGUGACCUGUACUUUGCCAAAGUCAACACUUCUAUCUUCUAUUGAAGAAAAGAGGCUAGCUUGGAUAAAAUCAUUUAAACCUUGGUUUGAAAUUUUCAAGCAAAAUCAACAAAAGGAAAUUGUUAGGACAAAGAGAUCUGUAAAAUGCCCAGCCAACACGAUGCCUCCUUUGAAUACACUAGAAAUUCUUCAGUGUGGCCCUUGGAAUACUUUACAGCAGGUUACAACAGUUACAUUUCAAGAUUUGCCAGGUUGUAGUCUUUCCACACUGGCAGAGUGUCCAAAUCUUCAAUUUCUGUCUCUUCGACGCUGUGGAUUAACUUCUUUGCACAGCCUGAGUAACUGCAAAAAGCUGAAGCACAUUGAUGCACAGGAAAACCAUAUUGAGUCUAUCAAUUGUGAAAAUUUGGAAAAUCUCUGUGUUGUUCUUCUUAAUAAAAAUCAACUGACUUCUUUUCAUGGUUUGGAUGGCUGCACUAAUAUCCAAAAUCUUGAACUUUCACAUAAUAAAAUCACUCGAAUUGGUGGUUUAGAAUCUUUGAAAAAUCUUCAGCAACUAAUUGUGGACCACAAUCAGUUAAUUAGCACAAAAGGCCUUUGUGAUACUCCUACCAUUAUAUACCUGGAUUGCUCACAUAAUCAUCUUACUAAAGUUGAAGGUAUUGAAAAGUGUGGAUUACUCCAAAUACUGAAGUUACAGGGAAAUUAUCUAAGUGAGCUUCCAUCCUUGGAGAAUCAUGUUCUACUAAGAGAAUUGCACUUGGAUGAUAAUAGCAUUUCAACUGUGGAAGCACUUUCUUCAUAUUGGUUGCCUUUACUACAAAACCUGACUAUCUCUCAAAACAGCUUGACAAAAAUCAUACCGCUUUUUCAUUUUGUUUCUUUGGAAAAACUAGAUGUCAGCAACAAUUGUCUUUCUGAUCUUACAAGUGCCAUUAAGUGGUUUAAUGCAUGUUAUUCUCUCCACGAAUUGUCUCUCACUGGAAACCCACUUCUUCAAGAAGUAAACUGGAGGCAUUCUCUACUUAAAGUGUUACCGGCUCUAAGAAUCCUCAAUGGUGAAAUGAUAAAUUCUUGUUCAGAAAGGCAGACUGAAGAAUACUAUCAACCAGAAUUAGGACGUUUCUUGGUACUUUGUCAGUCCCAGAUUCAAGAAUUCAACUUACUAAUUGAAAAGUAUAUUACUGUGAAAGGAAAUUUGGUCACCUUGGAUGCUGCAGAAAAUCUCUGCCAUUAUUUUAAGAAAUUAAUGACACUUAGUAAUGAAUGCCGAUAUUCACAUGAACGCUGGGAUGCACGUAUCACCCAGAGAGAAGAAUCAGAAGUCCAGCAAAAUCAUUUAGCUACAGAUAGUGAUAGCAUCCUGCAAAAUAGAGUUCUCCAGUCUUGUGCAGACAGGUAUAAACUGGCAUCACCAGAUAUUUCUGAGAAAUGGAUGAAUUCUGACUCUAGUCAUUCUACAUCAACCAAAUCCUCUCUAUGUGAAGAUACGGAAGGAAGAAAUCAGGGAGAAAUAGCAGACCAGAAGAGAGAAGACAGCAAAUUAAACAGUAUCCCCACUAAAAGAAUCCCAUUUGUGGAAACAGUAAUGACAAGUUCUCUGCUGAGGAAUUGCCAAAAUAUUGGACACCGUAAUAAAAUUAUGGCAGCUUUGGUAAUCCAGGCACACUGGCGUGGUUACAUGGUACGCAGACAGAUUCAUUUCUCUACAAGGCUACCUACUGCUGCAGUAGGACCCCUGACAUUCCAACCCAAUGACUGCAUCAAGAAUAAAACUAUUUUAAAGGAAGAAAAAAGGGAAAACACCGUGAAUAUCCAAGAACAGAGGGAAAAGGCUGCUAUUCUUAUACAGGCAGUUUGGAAGGGCUUCCUUUUGCGAAAGAAACUGACAACAGCUUUAGAGGCUAUUAAGAAUGAAGAAUCUGAAGAAGAAUAUGAAGAAAUAAAUUUGGAGGAUUUUACAUUUGAUGAAGCUGCCUUAGAGAAAGAAUGGCUAGCUUUAGAUUCCGCCCGCUUCCCUUCACAAACACUGCUUCUCCCGAACCAGCUGCUCUGGCCAAAGUUCUGUGGAACCUUAAAAUAUGAUGAUACUUCACUGAAUUUACCAAGCCAUCCAGCUCAAGCGUGGCUAUGUAAUGAGAAAGAAAAUUUGUUUUCAUCAGAACACUCACAGUUUAAUAGCAGACCAGAACACAGAACUUUGUCCUGGACACCUGAAUCAAAGAUCAGCAGAAAGAGUUCGCUAAAAUCUGAAAAAGAAGAAAAAAUUUCGAAAGAAUGGGGCUUUAAGGACAUUGCUACUGCUCAGCAAAUGUUGAAGAGAGCACAGAAGAUGAAAUCAAAGAAAUUAAGGAAAAAAUUAGAUCCCACUGUUUGCCUAGAAUUAUUCAAAAACAAUGAAAGUAAAGUUUCUGUUACAAAAUCACCAAAGAAGGCACAGCCCAGAAGAGAUGAUCACUUUGAAGGUAUGGAAGAAGAAUUUAUCUACAAGGAUGCCACUGCAAAUGAAAAAUUAGAAAGGAGUAAAGAAUACACAUACCAAUGGCUUCACACACAGGUUGGGAUUCAUGAAACAACUUGUUCCAGAAAUAUGAAAUGCAAACACUUCUUGCCUGAGUUAGAUCCAGAUAUACUUAACGGUGGAAGAGUUCAGCUUGUGGCAAGACUUGUAAGCAGAGAAGACACGGAUUUAGACCUUUUUUCCAUGACCAGUGGAAGUGCUUUGUCUGUAAAGAGAGAAAAAAAAAAUCAGGCACACAGACACUCAGCGGGAUCUUCAAGUAAGUUGUGGUUUCCUUCAGAAUUAAUUUAG